AUUCUUUGGAUGCAUUAGUAUUUGAUUGACAUCUAAUGAUACUACUAUUCUAAAUCUAUUGUAGACACCUGAUUGCUGUUUAAUUGGGAGUGAUGUCCUUUCGAGACUUCCUCCUGUAAAAUGACAAUCCUUUUUAAGGUGCACAAAAGACUAGAUUAUAUUAAUAUCAAUGCAACAGGUACAUAAAGUAAGUAUAUAUUUUAUUUAAGGUGAUAAUAUUAACACCACAUUUCUUUGUCUAGAAAAACUAUGCAUGAUGCUUAAUAAUUAGUCAUAUCAUAAUGUUUUGAUGUUUGAUAAAUUCAUAACUUAACAACAAACUUUUGUUCAGCUUUAAAUGUUUAAUCAAAUUAGAGAGUUAGAAGGAGCUACAUGAGCAUAUACUUAGCUUUAGAUGCUAAAUUAGAAGCAAUCAUCAAGCCUUUAGGCUCACUUUAUAUUUUGUGAAGUAAAAUAAAUUUGUGUUUGCGAUUCAUAGUCUAUGGUGUUAACCGCUCUUUUACAUAAAUUCUUGGAACCACUCAAUUUUUGUACUACACAUGCAUCUUGUAUUGGAAUUUUGUUACUUUGUUUUGCUUUUGUACAAGUUUUUCCAUUCUUUUGUCAGCAAGGAUGUGCGUUUAAACCGAAUACCCGAACCGGACCGACCCGAAUUAGGACCGAAUAAGUUAUUUGGGUCGGUUUUCGGGUAUCUAUUUUUUCCCAAUUCGGGUUUUGUGUUAUUUGAUCUGGGUUACCCGAAUAAAGAUUUAAUUGGGCCGAAAAGACCGACCUGGAAAAUGAAAGGUCACUUUGGCCGUGCGUAUUGCAUAGCAAGUAGGGAUGUGCGUUUGGACCGAAUACCCGAACCAAAACUGAAACCCGGAUCGGACCGACCCGAAUUAGGACCGAAUAAGUUAUUUGGGUUGGUUCUCGUGUAUUUAUUUUUGCCCAAUUCGGGUUUCGGGUUAUUCGGUUCGGGCUACCUGAAUAAAGAUUUAAUUGGUCCAAAAAGACCGGCCUGGAAAAUGAAAGGUCACUUUGGCCGUGCGUAUUGCAUAGCAAGUAAUAUUGUCGUGCUAAAGAGAAAAGACCCGUAUCCCGCUAUGAACGUAUCCCAAAUCCCGCUAUCAUCGAAGUUUAAAAAAAAGCGAGUUUGCCCUAGUCGAUCAUUGUUUCACCCUUGUUGUCAUCGAUCGUGCCCACUGCCCAUUUUCCAUCGACUCAUUGAUUCAUCGGCUUUACUCUCAUCGAUCGUUCCUACUUCCUCGUUUACUGUCAUCGAUCACCAAAAAAAAAAUCUAGUCAAGCAUUCAAGAAAUCGACCUACACUCUACUAUCAAGAAAUCGAAUUCCAAUCUUCAUCUUCCAGGAAUCAUUCUAAAUCAUGGAUAAUAGGGUUCCAAGUCAACAAACUCAAAUUGAUGAUGAAAAUGUUUUGGUUGAUAACACUCAAAUUGACAACAAAGACGGAAAAGGUCAAACAACAAAGAAGAAGAAAAAAUAUGCCAAAAGAGCGGCUUGUUGGGCCGAUUAUGAUGAAGUUAAGGUUAACAACAUUCAACAUAGCAAAUGCAAAUGGUGAGACGUUGCUCAAAACUGAGUCCAACGAAAACGUUGGAGAAUUACUGUUCAAGUUUGUAGAGAAUGAAACAUUUAUUGAGUAUACCAAUGCAUUGAACGAGAAAGUGGUUUUGCCAUGUAGAACCACAAUUUCAAAAAGAGUUGCCGAUUACUAUGUUGAAGAAAAGGCAAAGUUGAAUAAGUUCUUUAGUAAUCCCCUAAUGAAUGUGCAUUUGACCACCGAUUGUUGGACAAGUUCCUGUCAACAAUCGAGCUAUAUGGUGAUCACGGCCCACUUUAUUGAUAAAGAUUGGGUCAUGCACAAAAGAGUUAUCAACUUUAAAUCUUUGGAUAGUCAUUAG